AUGAAGAGCCUCUUGCUGCUAGCCACGCUCCUGGUACCCGCGCACCUGGCGACGACCUGGAGCCCCAAGUACGCGGUCGACUGCCCCGAGCGAUGCGACCGCGCCCAGUGCAAAAGCAGCCUGAGCUGCAAGCGGACAGUGCUGGACGACUGCGGCUGCUGCCGGGUGUGCGCCGCGGGCCUGGGCGAAACCUGCUACCGCACCGUCUCCGGCAUGGACGGCGCCAAGUGUGGCCCGGGGCUCAGGUGUCAGUUUUACAGUGAGGAAGAUGACUUUGGUGACGAGUUUGGUAUCUGCAAAGACUGUCCCUACGGCACCUUCGGGAUGGAAUGCAAGGAGACAUGCAACUGUCAGUCUGGCAUAUGUGACAGAGUGACUGGCAAAUGUCUGAAAUUUCCCUUCCUCCAAUAUUCAGUAGCCAAGACUUCCAACAGGAGACUUGUUUCUACAGAGCAUGACAUGGCAUCCGGAGACGGCAAUACUGUGACAGAAGAACUUGUAAAAAAGAAUACCCGCUCGCCUGUAAUGAAAUGGUUAAAUCCUCGCUGA